AUGGAGGACAAUGACCCCAAGCCCAGCGAAGCGGCGGCGGCGGCGGAGGAGCAGCGGCAGCCGGAAUCCUGCCCCGGCGGCGGCGCGGGCGGCGGUGGCGGCGGCAGCCCGGGCGACGCGGACACCGGCCGCCGGCGGGCUCUGAUGCUCCCGGCGGUCUUGCAGGCGCCGGGCAACCACCAGCACCCGCACCGCAUCACCAACUUCUUCAUAGAUAACAUCCUGCGGCCGGAGUUCGGCCGGCGAAAGGACGCAGGGACGUACUGUGCGGGCGCCGGAGCAGGCAGAGGCGGCGGCGCGGGCGGAGCCGAGGGAGGCGGCGGCGCGGGCGGCGCCGAGCAGCUCCUGGGCUCGGGCACCCGGGAGCCCCGGCAGAACCCGCCGUGUGCGCCCGGCGGGGGCGGGCAGCUACUCGCCGGAGGCGGCGACUCUCCGGGUGACGGGGAAGGCGGCUCUAAGACGCUGGCGCUACACGGUGGCACCAAGAAAGGCAGCGAUCCCGGAGGUCCCCUGGACGGGGCGCUUAAGGCCCGCGCCUUGAGCGGCGGCGACCUGUCGCUGAGCUCGGACUCGGACAGCUCGCAGGCCAGCGCCAACCUGGGCGCGCAACCCAUGCUCUGGCCGGCCUGGGUCUACUGCACGCGUUACUCGGACCGACCUUCCUCAGGUCCGCGGUCUCGCAAACCAAAGAAGAAGAACCCAAACAGAGAAGACAAGCGGCCGCGCACGGCCUUCACCGCCGAGCAGCUGCAGAGGCUCAAGGCCGAGUUCCAGACCAACAGGUACCUGACGGAGCAGAGGCGCCAGAGCCUGGCGCAGGAGCUCAGCCUCAACGAGUCACAGAUCAAGAUCUGGUUCCAGAACAAGCGUGCCAAGAUCAAGAAGGCCACGGGCAGCAAGAACACACUGGCCGUGCACCUCAUGGCACAGGGCCUGUACAACCACUCCACCACCGCCAAGGAGGGCAAGUCGGACAGCGAGUAG